UGAAAUGUUGUAAUCAAAGCGAUUGUAGCCCGGUCGUGCCUGUUCGAGCUGAGAGGAGCAAUUUCAUAAGUUUACACUAAUAUAAUGGCGGUGUCUGCUAUACCUAUGGAAUAUGUGCGUGUUGUAAAAUCAGCUACUUGUGGGCGAAGUUUGGUCUUCACUUCAAAGUUUGCGCCUGGACAAUGUAUCCUUGAAGAAUUGCCAUGUGCAUAUACAGUGAAGAACGACAGAAGGGGGAGCUUCUGUGAUUUUUGCCUCAAAAAAUGUUCAACUCUUAAGAAGUGUUCCAGAUGCAAUUAUGUAAGCUACUGCAAUAAAUCAUGUCAGAUAGGAGACUGGGCAAGAUGUCACAAGCAAGAGUGCAAAACACUCAAGAAAAUACAUCCCAGGCCUCCAGACUUACACGUAGCUCAGCUUCUGUCUCAACUCAUCCGGAAGCAAAGCAAGUCUGCUCCAUGCACUCAGGAAGAUGAGGAUUGUUUCCCAACCACCGUAGACCAGUUGGAAUCAAAUCAUGAAAAGCUGAGUGAUACGAAAAGGAAUCAUUUUGAGAGCUUGUUGUGUGUAUUGAAGCAGUUCCUUGAAGAGGACGUCUUAGCUGAGCCAAGCAGCUGGUUGAAGAUGUAUGGAGCGACUCUCUGUAACGGCUUUUCAAUAAUGGAUUAUGGACUUUAUGGUCUGAUUGACAUUGCAAAUGGGGUAUACUUGAGAGCAUCUAUGGUGAACCAUUCUUGUGAUCCUAACUGUGCACUGGUGUUUGAUGGGAGGAAACUUCAAGUCAGGACUGUUAAAGAUGUCAAAGAAGGAGAAGAGUGUACAAUCAGCUAUUUUACUGCCGUCAAUUACCCAACUAAAGAAAGACAGGCUUUUCUAGACCACGUACAUUACUUCACCUGCAAGUGUGUGAAAUGCAUCGAAGAAAUCAAUGCAUUGGAACCGGAUGCUGGUUUAACUGAAGAGAUCCUAGGUCUAGAGAAAUCCAAGGAGGAAAUCGAGAUGCAAAUACAGUUUGCAUUGAUAACAAAAGAUUGGACCAAAGUGUUACAGAAAUUCGAGACCUACCUGAGAAGCUGUCUUCCAGCCCAUCAUUAUCUUCUGGUGGAGGUCAGAGAUCUAGCAUUUGGAAUAUGCUGUACGAUAGAAUCAUGGGGAAAAGCUGCUCAGAUGGGACAACUGAUCACAAAACCAAAUAGGUGA